GGCCAUCUAUCGCGGUGUCCUAGAACUGGACUGUCUUGUCAGAUCCGGACGCCAGCAGUCGGCCGUCGGGUGAGAAUGUCACCGGGCAAACCUAAUGGUGCCUGUCGCGGUGUUAUAGCACCGGACUGUCUUGUCGGAGCCGGACGCCAGCAGUCGGCCGUCGGGCGAGAAUGUCACCGGGCAAACCUAAUCACCGGACUGUCUUGUCAGAGCCGGACACCAGCAGUCGGCCGUCGGGCGAGAAUGUCACCGGGCAAACCUAAUGGUGCCUGUCGCGGUGUUAUAGCACCGGACUGUCUUGUCGGAGCCGGACGCCAGCAGUCGGCCAUCGGGUGA